AUCAUGGACAAACAUGUAAAAGCAAUGCAUGGAGGAAUAUCAUCAACUCUUAACGCAGUUAGAGAUGAGAUUUGGCCAAUCAAUGGAAAAAGAGCUGUACGUAAGGUCAUACGAAAUUGUUUUCGAUGUUGCAGAGCAAAUCCACAACCUAUAAUUCAACCUGAAGGGCAACUACCAGCAGAACGUGUUACAGUUAACGAGGUGUUCAGUUGUACGGGUCUAGAUUAUUGUGGACCUUUGUAUUUGAGGCCAACACACCGCAAGGCCGCACCAAAUAAGUGCUACAUUUGUGUAUUUGUCUGCAUGAGUACGAAAGCAGUACAUUUGGAAUUAGUCGGAGAUUUGAGCACAAAUUCGUUUCUGAUGGCACUUGAUCGCUUUGUUUAUCGGCGGGGUAAACCAAAGCACAUUUAUUCAGACAAUGGUACCAAUUUUAUUGGUGCCAAAAAUGAACUUCAUCAGAUCUACAAAAUGCUGUUCAACGAUUCUGCAGAUAGCAAAAUAGCAAAACAUUUGGCAAAAGAAGAGAUACAAUGGCAUUUGAUACCCCCACGCGCCCCAAAUUUCGGAGGCCUUUGGGAAGCGGCGGUGAAGGUAGCCAAAACCCAUUUGAUUCGUCAACUAGGAUCAUCGCGUUUAUCAUCGGAGGAAAUGACUACUGUUUUAGUAAAAAUAGAAGGUUGCAUGAACUCGCGACCAUUAGUUCCGCUUUCUGAAGAUCCCAAUGAUCUGACGGCAUUAACUCCAGCGCACUUUCUCAUUACAAACAAUUUGAAGGUUAUUCUCGAACCUGACUUGAAAGAGGUGCCUAUGAAUCGUCUGGGAAGAUACCAACUCCUUCAGCGGUACACGCAAAACUUCUGGAUACACUGGAAACAGGAUUAUCUGAAAAAUCUUACUGUUUUGCAUCGGUCAGCUAAGCAAUCUAAGCAAUUAUCUGUCGGAGAUAUAGUUAUUCUGAAGGAUGAGCAGCUUCCAGCAGUUCAAUGGCCAUUGGCACGUGUCGUCGAAAUACACCCUGGAGCUGAUGGAAUUUCCCGAGUUGCAACACUUCGUACGGCAUCCGGUAUUGUGAAGCGAGCAGUAUCUAAAAUCUGUCCGUUAGAAUGCAGUAAUCAAAGAAUGGAUUGAAAACUGAGUGUUUCAAGGUGGCCGGUAUGUUCGAUCUCAAAUGACCUGCGGUUCUACCACAGUGCCGGAUUAUGGCAGCUGACGUUUUGUCAUUCUUGUGGGUCUAGGGAGCUACCGCUGUGAAAGGGGAACCGCCUUUUUUGUGGCACUUGUCACGAGCCGAAGAAAAGCGAAGCACGCAAAAAUGGUGUGUGAAUAAAGAAGUGAACUUACUUGCCAACAAAGAACAACCGACUGAUUAUUUCGUGUAAAAAAAAGU